GCUUCAACUCCCAACAAUAGCCGCCCACAUUCGGCUCUGAGAAAACGAGCUGUUACUGAUAUAACCCCUUCGGGUAUCGGUCGAGACAACACAGCAUUGGACAUGUCGUCUGCAAACUUCAGAGCCGUCUUCCCGCCCUCACAAAAGCGGCAUCGGGCUGCGGGCCCUGGAUACAGUGUAGGUCGUCUCGAGCCUUGGAUGACAUGGAGCUAACCCGGACAGGGUCUUUUAAAAGACUCGUUUACCCUCCCAACUCUGAUGCUACUCGGCGGUCUUGGCCAGGGCCUGCUGUCGCUCAUCCUCCCUGCGCGCUAUGCGCUGCUACCGCUGCUCUUCCUGCUCCUGCGCGCAGUGGUUCUCACCGCUCUGGACCUCUCCUCCCCGACAGACCACUUCUCCAAAAGCAGAGCGUGAUCCCCGGGCGGACCUCAGCGCAGCUCCCCUCCACCAGCUAUGACCCCCUCGCCUCCUCCGAAAGGGCAUCAUCGUCGUCAUCACCAUCCCCAUUCGGGUCAAAGCCAGCCUCAAAGGGAGUCGUCGUCUUCCACCUCGGCAUCCGCUUCAACCACCCCCUCGGACCCCUCUCACCAAGCGCCAAGGAGGUUGCCGACCAGUUCCAGGCCUGCCACGGGGACCUCUUGAAGCGGGCGAGGGAGUACGGCUGUCUCGGGGCGACGACGUGGCACGGCGACGAGGCGGCCCGCAACAACACCCUGCUAAUCAUCUACUACUUCCGCGACGUGGACGGGUUGAACCGCUUCGCGCACGACGGCAUCCACCGGCACACGUGGGGCUGGUUCAACCGGACCGUUCUCCAGAAGCGCGGGCACAAGCACAUUGGCAUCUUUCAUGAGGCGUUUUGCGCGCCGGCGGUGUCGAGAAUGAGGCCACGGGGGAGGAGGAGUGGGUGCGUACCGUGGUUGAUGCGUCGAGUCCCGUGUGGCGGAGCCAGAUGUCGCGGAUGGGGAAGGAUGAACGCGAAGGGGCCACUUAGUUAGGUAUCAGGUAGCCAAACGGUUGAAUAACGAGAGCCAGGUCACACAUAUCGAAGGAUAAACAUGUUCGCUAUAACUAACGAUCAAUGGUAUCAGAAGUAGAUCAAAGGUAUCAUGAAAAUAGCUCCACGG